UUCUCUUCCUCAGGUCACAGUAGGACCAUGGAUCUGUUUGGAGACAUAGAUGACAUUUCUUCAGAGAGCGAUGGGGACAGUGAACAAUCUAUUCCAGGGCAGCCUGCUGAUGAACGUGGAGUGCCUCAGGACCAACAGGAGGAAGAGCCGAUUUCUGAAACCAGAAUAGAAGUAGAAAUCCCCAGUAUCAACUCUGAUUUAGGAAAUGAAUUGUACUUCGUUAAACUACCUAAAUUUCUCAGCAUAGAACCCAAACCUUUCGAUCCUCAGUAUUACGAAGAUGAAUUUGAAGGUGAGAAAGUGCUUGACGAGGAAGAUAGAACCAGGUUAAGAUUAAAGGUAGAAAAUACGAUAAGAUGGAGGAAACGCCGGGACGAGGAAGGAAAUGAAAUUAAGGAAAGCAACGCUCGGGUGGUCAAGUGGUCAGAUGGGAGCCUCUCCCUGCAUCUAGGCAGUGAAGUGUUUGAUGUCUACAAAGCCCCAAUGCAGGGCAACCACAACCACCUGUUCGUUCGAGAAGACACUGGUCUACAGGGACAAGCUGUGUUUAAAUCCAAGCUCACCUUUAGACCUCACUCUACAGACUGUGCCACACACAGGAAGAUGACCCUGCCGCUUGAGAAGAGAUGCUCGAAGACCCAGAGGAUUAGACUCUUACCGAUGGCUGGCCGUGACCCUGAAUGCCAGCGCACAGAGGUGAUUAAAAAAGAAGAACGAUUGAGGGCUUCUACUCAUGAGACAAUCCAUCUGUGGGAGAAGCAGAACCAGCAGGGGCUGAGUGUCCCCUGCCAGGACCCCAGCAGUGCCUGUGAGGAGGAGGAAUACGCUGAAGCCAUUAAAAACCAUUACCAACGGGAGCUCCAAGGAGAUGAGGCCUCCAGAAAGAGGAAAGUGGGGGGUGAAGAGGAAGAAAAUGACUAA